CACGUCUUAUGCUUCGUCGCAACGGAAAGCCGACCUCGUGCGAGCCAUGUCGGCUCUCCAAGGUCCGCUGUGACCAUGCGACUCCCAUCUGCCGACGGUGCCAAUCGCGUGGCAAUGCCAAUCAGUGCUAUUACCACCCCGCCCCCUUGACGCGGGUCAAGGAUGGGGGCAUUGCGCGCCCUCGUGCGACACCAAAACGAGGAGCAAUCCGCCAAUCUUUGUUGGAGGUUCCCGACCUAAGUCCGACGCCGGAGCUUGCAGCGCCAGACCAACCGCAGACAGACCCCGAGACCAAACACGGGCAAGACUCCGAAUUCCUGGGCUCGACAAGCUACCUUUCCGUGUUCAAAGAGACCCCGCGCGGGAUCUCCGGCAAAGCGAACCGGUCCCUCUACGCCGAGUUCGAGUACUGGCGCACCCAGCAUGCCUACGCGUCCUCGCGGCUGAUACGCCUGGCCUCCGCCAUGGCCUUCCACCGCGACCAGAUCGAGUGGUACCAUCGCGUCAGCCGGUUCACCGUGGUGCCCGCUCCGAUUAUUUUGGAUUCGCUGGACCGAGUGCAGGCGUACACCGACCGCAACCCGUGGGACGUCACGGGCAAGUGGAAGGAGCUCUACGAGACCAUCACCGCCGCGACCGGACGGCCCCUCGAAGUUUCGAGGGACAUGUCGCCCGGCGACUUCUACGCGCAAUUCACCGGCCCGAACCUCCGGUGGGAGUUAAUUGCCCUGGUAUUCGCCUCUUCUGGAAUCAGCGCCAUGGUCCGGUACCCUGGUCACCACGUUGUGGAGCUGGCGCACGGGGAGACGAUGACCGUGGAGACGUUCAUGAAGGAGAUGGUCCUGGCAGGGAACGCGUGCAUCGAGGUCAGUAAACAGUUCGGGCACGUCAAUGAUCUGAUCCUGUGGGCGCGAUACAUGCAUGCUCAUCUGGCGAUGGAGGUGCUGGGCGACACUAGUGAACGACUCUACAGCCUCUUCGGCGACCUGAUCUCCAACAUCUACACCAUCGGCCUUCACCACCAGCCCUCGCGCGACGUGCCUUUUUUCCUGGCGGAGACGAGGAAGCGCAUGUUGGCCGUCACCCAUCGCACGGACAAGAACCUCGCCACGCUGAUGGGGCGCCCUCCGCGUCUUCCGCACCAAUAUUGCGAUGCAGCCCCACCGCUAGACAUCGCGGAUGAGGAUCUCUUCCUCGACGGGCCGUCCCUCAGCGCCGUACUUGCCGGUCUGGACGACCAAGGCUGGCACCGCGAGAGCAGCUUCAUGCCCGCGACGGUCAUGCGCAUCCGCCACUUCCUGUCCACGCUCCGCGAACAAGUCCUGGAACUUUCCUUGGGCAACAAAUCCGCUGCCGACUACGGCGAUCGUGUGCAAAAAACAUACCACCUCUGCCAGAAAGUCCUCACACAAAUCCCCACCCGCUUCCAUUACACCCCGCACUGCUGGAACACCCCCCAGAGCGAGCUGAUGGAAUCCCUGGCGCGGAUCCUCGUGCAGUUCGACUACCAAUUCAGCGUCCUGCACCUGCAGCGCAUCCGCUGCAAGACCAACCGCGCCAACGCCACCGCCGACCUGAUGAACACCGCCCUGCAGGUGCUGUCGAUGGUCAUGGACCUGACGCGCAUGUUCCACUCCCACGAGAUCCAGCGCCAGUUCGCUUGCAUCUACCUGAGCUACGGCAUCCCCGCUGCCGGCAUCCUCGUCACCGAACUGCACAGCCACACCCUCGCCAACCGCGCCUUCCCGGCGGCCACCCCGCGCGCCGAGAUCAUCCGCUCGCUCAGCGUGCUCCUCGCCUGGGUGCAGGCCACGCAGCUGCCGCCGUCGACCACCGCCGUCGCCGCCAGGGAGCUGACCAAGGUGGUGAGUCGGUUGUUGGACGAUGCGCUGAAUCAUCAGCAGGGGGAUGCGGGGGGAGCCGCCACCACGGAUGGUGAUGUGGUCGCUCCGAUGAUUCGGGACUCGGGUGAGUUCCUCCCCCCGGGGUUUGUUGAGGGCUUCCAGCUUCCAUCCGAGGCGCUCGGGGUGGGACUCGCCUCUGAGGGGUUCUUGAGUUGGCUGGAUGAGUUGGACUUGGGGUUGAUCUCGGGGGAGGGGUUGGUUUGA